AUGGCGUCGCAAGAGAAGAAUGAGCUUCCCAACAGCCAAACCAUAGAGACGGGAAUGGUCGCAACGGACGACAAUCGAGAUACAUUUCUUCCAAGACCAUCGGAUGACCCCAAUGAUCCAUUGAAUUUUCCACUUUGGUUGAAGAUCGCUAUUUUAAUUCAAGUUUGUUUACUUGCCAGUCUCGGAACGCUCAAUACCGCCAUUAUAAACCCCGCAUACGGCCCUCUAGCAGCAGAAUUCGGUAUCACCACAGUCCGCGCCUCCUACCAGACCACCGUAGUUAUUGCACUCAACGGAAUCGGACCCUUUAUCUGGAUCCCGUUGGCAAACGUAUAUGGACGAAGACCCAUCUAUCUCCUCACGACCCUCAUCGGCUUCGCAUCUGCUUUGGGAUCGGCAUAUUCGAAGAACUUUACACAAUUAAUUGUUGCCCGUGUCUUCAAUGGUCUCUGGCCGGCAGCUCUGGGUCUUGGACCAGCCACCGUGGUCGAUCUUUUCUUCUAUCACCAGCGAGGAAGGGCAAUGGGCCUCUUUACUGUCAUUCUUACCACCGGAGCACAUAUCGCACCGAUCGUAGGUGGACUGAUCGGCCAAUUUCUUGGCUGGAGAUGGACUUUCAAAUUUGCUGCUAUCUUGGACGGUGUGAUGCUUCUCGUGAUCGCAUUUGGGCUUCCGGAAACUCUAUACAUUCGUGACCCGACCCGACUUGCUCGUACUCAGUAUGAAAGAGAAGUUGACUUCACCCCGCGAAGCUACUUUUCUCGAUUGAGGCUGUACUCAUCUUUCCCGGAGCUCAAACUGCAAUGGAACCAAUUUGUCAUUCCUUCAUUGAAGAUGGCCAAAUACCCCUCCGUCCUGUUUCCAGCAGUGUACUAUGCCGCACAAUACGGAUUCGCCUCGAUUCUCCCUGCGGUCACCGUCGCAAGUAUCUUCUCCGAAGCCUUUCAUUGGAAUACACUCAAAAUUGGUCUCGCAUAUGGUGGUGCUCUUUCUAUCGGAGGUGUUCUCGGUGAAAUUGCAGGUGGUGUCGUCCUCGAUGCGAUUGUCAACCGUGCUCGUCGUAAUGGCGGAAACCCACCGCCUGAAGUGCGUCUCAAGGCAAUCUGGACCGGUGCAAUUCUAGUCCCUACUGGAUUGAUCAUCUACGGUUUUACUCUUCAGUAUCAUGUUUUCUGGUUCGUCCCGCUUCUCGGAAUGGCAAUCGCGUGCUUCGGACUUCAAGUUAUUGCGACAACUUGCUACACAUAUAGUAUCGAUUCGUACCGCGCACAAGGUUCCGAGACUUCCCAACUCAUCAAUCUCAUCCGACAGACAUUUGGUAUGACGUACGCUUUCUAUGUGGUUCUGCUUUGCAAGAAGAUCGGCUACCAAUGGGCUUUUUUCAUGUUUGCUAUGCUAGGUAGCGUAGCGGCCUUCCUACCUAUCGUAGUACUCAUGUUCAAGGGUGAAGAAAUCAGACAGAAACUGGGUGUUCCUAAAAACAUCAGCCAGUUGGAAGUUACUGAGGAACGACAAGCUGCGGUGGAUAAGCUUGGUGAAGAAAUUCAUGAGUAA